AUGGGGAAAGAAAGCAACAUUUAUAUAACACCUGCUAGGCAUUUUACUCACUAUGAACAAGGCUGUAGUGCACCUAAAAAAGGGGAAUGGGAGAGGAGGAAUCAAGAAGUCCAGCAAGAAGAUGAUCUCUUUUCUUCAGGUUUUGAUCUUUUUGGGGAUCCCUACAAGACCAACAAAGGUGAUGCACUUGCCAACAGAAUCAAGAACACGCUGGGAAAUUAUGAUGAAAUAAAGGAUUUGCUAACUAACCAUUCUAAUCAGAAUCAUCUAGUGGGAAUCUCAAAAAAUUCCAUGCCCCAGACUCCCACCAACAAAAAUGAACCAAACUUUUUCCCAGAACAAAAGAACCGAAUGAUCCCACCUCACCAGGAUAACACUCACCCCUUGGCACCCAUGCCUCCACCUUCUGUUGUGAUACUGAAUUCAACUUUAAUACACAGCAACAGGAAAUCAAAACCUGACUGGCCACAAGAUGGUUAUAACACUAACAUUGUACCAGCCAGCCUGGCCAGUAGUCAGCCACACAAGAUGCUGCCAUCUAUACAAGAUCAGCCCAAAACUAGACUAGAAAACUUUGUUUAUCCAGCUGAAAAACCUCAAGUUGGAGCACUUGAAGAAUCAAACCCAUCAGCAAAGGAAGACAGUUAUCUAAAGUCCAGUGGAGUUGAUACAUUCAGAGAAAUUUUUCAGUUCAACUCACCAGAAGCAUCUGAAUUUAUAAUGCAAGUGCCCGGGUCUCCCCUACUUGCCUCCUCUUUAUUGGCUCCCAACAGUGGCCUUUCCAGUCAAAACUUCCCAUCAGGGCUUUAUUGCAAAGCAAGCAUGGGGCAACAAAAACCAACUGCAUAUGUCAGGCCUAUGGAUGGCCAGGACCAGGCACCGGAAAUAUCUUCAACACUGAAACCUUCAAUUGAAUUUGAGAACAGCUUUGGGAAUCUGUCAUUUGGAUCUCUCUUGGAUGGCAAACCCAGUACAGCCAGUUCAAAGAUUAAACUGCCAAAGUUCACGAUUCUCCAAACAAGUGAAGUAAGCCUUCCCAGUGAUCCAAGCUGUGUUGAAGAAAUCUUGUGGGAGAUGAUGCAUUCCUGGUCUACUCCUUUCAGUGCCAUGCUUACUCCUAGAAACUCUGAGCAGAACACAUUUUCCAUUCCAGGACAGGCCAGUAUUCAGAUUGAUUUGUCCUAUGGAGGAAUUGACUUUUCUAUAUCAAUAACCCAUGCCUUAUUCAAAGAAUUGAUUGCUGAUCUUUUCCAUGGCACCCUGGACCAUGUAGAGAAAGCCUUUCAUGAUGCCAAGCUUGAAAAGUCCCAAAGCUGUGAUAUUGUCCUGUUUGAACUCACGGGCAUCCUUCUUGCACCUCAUGGUGUUCCUAAGAUUGAAGUCACGUUUGAUAAUGAUAACAAAGGAAUCCACAGUGUCUCUACUGUGGAUAAGAGUACAGGAAAAGAGAACAAGAUUGCCUUCACUAACAACAAGGGUCAUCUGAACAGGGAAGACAUUGAGUUCAUGGUCCAGAUGCUUGAAGAUGACUUGAAGCUUAGCAGUGAUGAAGAUGACUUUGAGCCUAUGAAGACCUUGACCACUCAGUGCACUGCCACUGAGCUCUACCAGGCAGUUGAAAAGGCAAAACCUAAGAAUAAUCCUGUGAACCCACUCUUGGCAAAGCCUCAGCCCCUACCUGCGGUGCAAGCCAGUGGCGGGUCCAGCAGCUCCAGUGACUCAGAGAGCAGCUCAGAGUCAGACUCAGACACUGAAAGCAGCACCACUGACAGCGAAUCCAAUGAUGUGCCUCAUGCGAUCUCUCCAGAGCCUGAGCCGCCCUCAACCAACAAGUGGCAGUUGGAUAAGUGGCUUAACAAAGUGACAUCCCAGAAAAAAUCAUUUAUUUGUGGUCAAAAUGAGACACCCAUGGAGACAAUUUCUGUGCCUCCUCCAAUCAUCCAACCAAUGGAAGUCCAGGUCAAAGUGAAGACAACUCCCAUCCAGAUACUGGUUGAACACAAAGAGAGGCCUCUCCCUAGUCUCAUCAGGGAGAAAGCACGUCCAUGGCCCACCCAGAAAUCUCUAGAAACAAAGGCUUUGAAGCAUAAGUUGUCAGAAACUAUAGAAACAGCUUCUCAAAGGACAAUUGGGAAAAAACAGCCCAAAAAAGUUGAGAAGAACACCAGCAUCAACGAGUUUACCUGGCCCAAACCAAAUAUUACCAGCAGCAUUCCCAAAGAAAAAGGAAGUGUGGAGCUUCCUGACCCACCAAGAGGCAGCAACAAAGCCAAUGCCCACAAACCAGUCCCUAGGAAAGAACCAAGCCCUAACACCCCAUUGGCUGCCGAGAAGAAGAAUUAUAGAGGGCCUGGCAAAAUUGUGCCAAAGUCCCAGGAAUUCAUUGAAACAGAUUCGUCUACAUUUGAUUCUAACACAGAUCAGGAAGAAACCCUGCAGAUCAAAGUCCUGCCUCCUUGCACUGCUCCUAGGGGCAAUUUUGCCAAAUCCAAGGAAACCUGUGGUGUUGGCCUGACCCUCGGCACCUUAAUCACCAACAGCAGCAAGAAUGAGGAGCCACCUUUUUUACCCAUCCCUGUUAUGCAAACUGAGCUUCUAUCCUCUCUACAAGAGCAGGAGAAUCCAAGAAAUCUCUGGGUGAAGAUUGACCUUGACUUACUAUCUAGGGUACCUGGCUACAAUUCAUUCCAAGCAGCAUCAACAAAGGUAGACCAGAAAGAAAAUUCCUUAAAACCUAAGCGUCAGAUUACUUCUGUAGCUGUGGAAAAACCUGCCCCUAAGGGCAAGAGGAAGCACAAGGCAACAGAAGUUGUAGAGAAAAUUCCUGAGAAGAAGCAACGCCUGGAGGAGGCCACUACUGUCUUCCUGCUCCCCCCUUGCAUUUCACCAGCCCCAGCUCACAAACCUCCCUACACUAGAGAAAAUAAUUCAUCCAGGAGAACAAAUAGAAGAAAAGAAGGAAAGCUGUUUCCUCCUUCACUAUCCCCACUGCCAGAAGAUCCUCCACACCACAGAAACAUCACUGGCAAUAAUGGUCCCUUCAGUCAAGAAAAAACUAUUCCUGUGAUUGGACAAAUCACCUCUGCCAAAUCUAAGAAGAGUGAAGGCAAAUUCUGUGCUACUUUCAAAGGGAUAUCUGUAAAUGAGGGAGACACUCCAAAAAAGGCAACCUCUGCCACCGUUACUGUCAUCAACACUGCUAUUGCCACUGCCAACACUGCUAUUGCUACUGCAUUUGUCACCACCCCUGUCAUGGCCACUGCCACUGCUACUGCCAUAGUUACUACCAAAAGCACUACCACUACCAUUUCCACCACCACCUCUAUCAUCACUACUCGUCUGAUGGGUAGCAGUCACCUGGAGAUGAUGUCCUGGGCAGCCCUGCCGCUUCUGUCCACCAGCACCACCAGUGUCCGGAGACCCAAGCUUACUUUUGAUGACUCGGUUCACAAUGCUGGUUAUUACAUGCAAGAAGCUAAGAAGCUGAAGCACAAAGCUGAUGCACUAUUCGAGAAAUUUGGCAAAGCUGUGAAUUAUGCCGAUGCAGCCCUGUCUUUCACUGAAUGUGGCAAUGCCAUGGAGCGCGAUCCUCUGGAAGCAAAGUCUCCAUAUACUAUGUACUCUGAGACUGUGGAGCUCCUCAGGUAUGCAAUGAGACUGAAGAACUUUGCAAGCCCCUUGGCAUCAGAUGGGGACAAAAAGCUGGCAGUAUUAUGCUACCGAUGUUUAUCACUUCUCUACUUGCGGAUGUUUAAAUUGAAGAAGGACCAUGCUAUGAAGUACUCCAGAUCCCUGAUGGAAUAUUUUAAGCAAAAUGCUUCAAAAGUCACUCAGAUACCAUCUUCAUGGGUAGGCAAUGGAAAGAACACUCCAUCCCCAGUGUCUCUCAGCAAUGUCUCUCCCAUCUAUGCAAUGGGGAAUUGUAACAAUGGCCCAGUCACCAUCCCCCAGCGCAUUCACCACAUGGCUGCCAGCCACGUCAACAUCACUAGCAAUGUGUUGCGAGGCUACGAGCACUGGGACAUGGCCGACAAACUGACAAGAGAAAACAAAGAAUUCUUUGGUGAUCUGGACACAUUGAUGGGGCCUCUGACUCAGCACAGCAGCAUGACCAAUCUUGUCCGCUACGUUCGCCAGGGACUGUGUUGGCUGCGCAUUGAUGCCCAUUUAUUGUAGUGGAUGUUCCCCCAUCUCCAGCAUUACCAUCCAUCAUUCUACUUCUACCAGAGUACCAGUGGUUACUGAUGGAACUCCACUCAUUUGGGAAAGUUCUCUUUAUGUUUGUUUUUGUGCUUCUCUUGAUAUCUAUGAAAAACAAAAAAUCAUUGUAAGUGGACACUACAACUUGAGAACAAUGUAUGCUUUAUUACUUAGUCAUUUUUUAGUAUUUUGUAUGCAUUUCUUA